GCUAAUCCAUGACUGUUAUCCGAAUGCCCACGAGCUCAGAAGCCCACUGAGCUCAGAAGCAGUGGAACUGUAGAAGAAAAGAAAGACAAAGAGAGAGACGAGUUCAAGAGGUGGCGUGUCGUCUCCGGCGUACGAUAGCUUAGUUCUGUCUUUUAUCUCUUUCUUUUUCUAUUCCCUUCCCUCCAAGAGUUGUUUUAACAAAGCGGCCAAGCAACUCACUCUCUCUCUCUCUCUCUCUCUCACACACACACACACACACACAGAGACAGACCAUAAGCAAAAGCAUAUCAAAAGCAAUUAAAGCAAAGCAAUGUUUCAAUAAAAGCAAGAAGCUGUUUUCAAUUAGACGAAACUUGAAGGAAGUGUUUUCAGGAAGCAAAAAAAGCGUUGUCAAAAAACAUUUUCGAGAAAAAAAGAAAAAGGCCUUAGUGUGGUAUUUAAGAAUGCUGAUGAAUUUAGAAUUGUCAAACAGGAAACAGAGACGAUUAGCUAUGGAAGGGAAGGGGCUUAUGCUAUCUCUUCUGUUCUUGCUUGGCGUUCUCGCAACGACGUCGUAUUGCGGCAAUGUGACGUACGAUCACCGAGCGUUGGUCGUCGACGGCAAACGCAGGCUCUUGAUCUCUGGCUCCAUUCACUACCCUCGAAGCACGCCGGAUAUGUGGCCGGACCUUAUUCAGAAAGCUAAGGACGGAGGUUUGGAUGUGAUUGAAACCUACGUUUUCUGGAACCUACAUGAACCAACUCGAGGCCAGUAUGAUUUUGAGGGAAGAAAGGAUUUGGUUAAAUUUGUGAAGACUGUAGCACAAGCCGGUCUAUAUGUGCAUCUACGAAUUGGUCCUUAUGCAUGCGCGGAAUGGAACUACGGUGGCUUUCCUCUUUGGUUGCAUUUUAUACCAGGAAUUGAGUUACGAACCGACAAUGAGCCUUUCAAGGCGGAAAUGCAGCGGUUCAUGGCUAAGAUUGUCAAUAUAAUGCAACAAGAGAAACUUUACGCCUCUCAGGGUGGACCCAUCAUUUUGUCUCAGGUUGAAAAUGAGUACGGAAAUGUUGCCUCAGCAUAUGGGUCUCGUGGCAAAUCCUAUGUUAAAUGGUCAGCAGGGAUGGCUUUGUCUUUGGACACAGGAGUACCAUGGGUCAUGUGCCAGCAAUCAGAUGCUCCGGAUCCCAUUAUCAACACUUGCAACGGAUUUUACUGUGAUCAAUUCACCCCAAAUUCUAAUAAUAAGCCCAAAAUAUGGACUGAGGAUUGGAGUGGAUGGUUUCUCUCCUUUGGUGGUGCUGUGCCUUUCAGACCUGUGGAAGAUCUGGCAUUUGCAGUUGCACGGUUUUACCAGCGAGGUGGAACUUUUCAAAAUUAUUAUAUGUACCAUGGUGGGACUAACUUUGGCCGAACUUCUGGUGGACCCUUUAUUACUACAAGUUAUGAUUAUGAUGCCCCAAUAGAUGAGUAUGGGCUUAUUAGACAACCUAAGUGGGGUCACCUUAGAGAUCUGCAUAAGGUCAUAAAGCUAAUUGAAGAUACAUUAUUGGCCACUGAUCCAACAAUUACUUCUCUCGGUACAAACUUGGAGGCUGCCGUUUAUAGAACAGGAUCAGCUUGUGCUGCUUUUCUUGCUAAUGUGGGCACCCAGUCUGAUGCCUCUGUAACUUUCAAUGGAAAUUCAUAUAACCUGCCAGCAUGGUCUGUGAGCAUCCUACCAGACUGCAAGAAUGUUGUCUUCAACACUGCAAAGAUUAACUCUGCAGCUACAAUUCCAAGCUUGACACGGCAAUCUUUGAAGGAUAAUGGUGAUUCCUUGGGCUCAGACUGGAGCUGGAUAAAUGAACCUGUGGGCAUAUCAAAGGAUGAUGCAUUUAGCAGAGUUGGAUUAGUGGAGCAAAUAAAUACAACGGCUGAUAAAAGCGACUAUUUGUGGUACUCUUUAAGCAUUGGCAUCAAAGGUGAUGAGCCAUUCCUUGAUCAAACUGUUCUUCAUGUGGAAUCGCUUGGCCAUGCCUUUCAUGUUUUUAUCAAUGGAAAGCUUGUUGGAAGCGGAAUUGGCAACAGUGCCAAUUCUAAUGUUAAAGCAGAUAUCCCUGUCACACUUGUACGUGGGAAGAACACAAUCGAUCUUCUGAGUUUGACAGUGGGGCUUCAGAACUAUGGACCUUUUUAUGACAAAGUGGGUGCGGGGAUUACCGGUCCAGUGAAGCUGAAUGGAAAGAAUGGCGGUUCUUUUGAUCUCUCUUCGCAGAAAUGGACAUAUCAGAUUGGACUUAAAGGUGAAGAAUUAGAUCUGCGCAGUGGAAUUUCUUCACGAUGGAUUUCAAAGUCUACUUUACCCAAGAAGCAACCCUUAAUAUGGUACAAGACGACGUUUGAUGCCCCUGCUGGAAGUAAUCCUGUUGCACUAGACUUUUUGGGACUGGGGAAGGGUGAGGCAUGGGUGAAUGGACAAAGCAUUGGGCGUUAUUGGCCAGCUUUUAUUGCUUUCAGCAAUGGCUGCAAUGAGAAAUGCGAUUAUAGAGGACCUUAUGGUUCGGGCAAAUGCCGUAAGAACUGUGGGAAGCCAUCUCAGCAACUGUACCAUGUUCCAAGAUCAUGGUUGAAACCAAGUGGCAACACUCUUGUAUUGUUUGAGGAAAUGGGGGGUGAUCCAACACAAAUAUCUUUUGCCACAAGACAAAUACAGAGUUUGUGUGCACAAGUCUCAGAGACUCACCCAUUACCUGUAGAUAUGUGGAAUUCAGAUUCAACUGCAGCAAGUAAUUCGGGGCCUGUACUCUCACUCAAGUGCCCAUUUCCGAAGCAGGUCAUUUCUUCAAUUACGUUUGCAAGUUUUGGAACACCUAUUGGGUCUUGCGGUGGAUUCAGCCAUGGCCAAUGCCGCAACAAUAUGGCUCUAUCAAUUGUUCGGAAGGCUUGUGUUGGAUCCAACAGCUGUAGCAUUGAAGUAUCAAUAAAUAAAUUUGGUGACCCAUGUCAAGGAGUAACGAAGAGUUUAGCGGUUGAAGCUUCUUGUACAUAAGAAGGCUCUGCUCUAAAUCUUUGCCUUGUAUUUGCUGUCAAGUAAAUGGGCUGUCCCCAGGCUUUUGCAUGAUUGAAUAAGGUUAUUCUGUUGAUGUCCAAGUUAUAUUUACUUUUAAAAAUGAACGGUUUCAUAGCAGUGUAAUAUUUCUUGCAAAAAGAAAAUAUAGAAUAUUUUUUUCCCCAA